AUGCGUCUUGGUCCGUUGACACGCGUCCCAUCCUCCCGUUCAUCUGACUGCAAGUCGGGCUCAUCACUUGUGACAAGAGUCAAUCUAUCUAUCUAUCUAUCUAUCUAUCUAUCUAUCUAUCUAAGGGGCGUCACAAUAUCUUUUUUCUUUCUUUUAAAUAAUAUGUUUUAUAUAGCCGAUGACACCUUUUCGUUGUUAAUCUACUACACUUGUUAUAUUCACUUUCUUUCUUUCCUGCUGUUAUAUUCUCUUUCUUUUGCUGAAAUAUUCACGUUCUUUUUUGCUGGCAUAUUAACUUUCUUUCGUUCUUUCUUUCUUUCGUUCUUUCUUUCUUUCUUUCUUUCUUUCUUUCUUGUCAUUAUAUUCUCUUUCUUUUUUUUUUUUGACAUAUUCACGUUUUUUCUUGUUGGCAUUUUCUUUCUUUCUUCCUUUCUUAUUGGUAUAUUCUCUUUAUUUAUUUCUUUCUUUCUUUUAUCUUUCUUUCUUGUUGAUAUAAUCUCUUUCUUUUUGUUGACAUAUUCAGGUUUUUUCUUGUUGGCAUAUUCAUUUUCUUUCUUUCUUUUUUUUUCUUUCUUUCUUUCUUGUUGGUAUAUUCUCUUUCUUUUUUGUUGGCGUCUUCACGAUCUUUCUUGUUUGCAUAUUUACUUUCCUUCUUUCCUUCUUUCUUUCCUUCUUUCUUUCUUUCCUUCUUUCUUUUCAUUUUAG